CUCUCUCCCUUUGAGAACUCAAUUAUCUUCAUCUUAAUUGCAACUUAUCUUCCAUCAACCUCAAGUCAUUUAUAGAAUGUCAAGAGAAAGGGAGAUAUUGGAUGAGAUGGGAAAGAAGUUAAAGGCAGAGAUAGAUAUUUCACAGCUACAUAUGCAACAACAAAUGGGAAGAAGACAGGUGUUGGGGCCUGUUGGGGGAGGAACAACAUUGAACAAUGUUACACCUUGUGCUGCUUGUAAACUUUUAAGAAGAAGAUGUGCUGAGGAAUGCCCUUUUUCUCCAUAUUUUUCCCCACAUGAACCUCACAAAUUUGCUGCUGUUCAUAAAGUCUUUGGGGCCAGCAAUGUCUCCAAGUUGCUCAUGGAGGUGCCUGUGGGACAAAGGGCAGAUGCAGCAAAUAGUUUGGUAUAUGAAGCAAAUGUGAGGCUAAGAGAUCCAGUGUAUGGAUGCAUGGGUGCAAUUUCAACUCUACAACAACAAAUUCAAAAUUUACAAGUUGAGCUUAAUACAAUUAGGGCUGAAAUUUUGAGAUACAAAUAUAGAGAAGCUGCUAAUAGUCUUAUUGCUUCUAUUUCCACCUCUGUGGCACCUGAGUUACCACAAGCUCCUCCUACUCCGCCACCACCACCACCACCACCCUCCAUGGUGGUGGUUUCGUCAUCAUCUUCUUCUGCUUCAUCAACUUCUUCUAAUUUAUACACACCGGCCUCAUCUAGUGUGGCAAACUUUAGUGCCAUUACCAAUAAUAACAUAUCGUAUUUUGAUCAGCAAUAGUCAUGUCAC